AUGGCAUUGUCUGUGAUAAGAACAAAAGGAGGCCUAGUUAAGCCAGCCGAGGAUACUCCCUUGAUCACACUAGAUUUAUCAGUGAUUGAUAGGUUACCUGUUCUAAGAUGCAAUGCUAAAACCUUGCACGUCUUCAAACACGGUCCUGAAGCAACAAGGGUCAUAAGAGAGGCUCUCGCCAAGGCACUGGUUCCAUAUUACCCCCUUGCGGGAAGACUCAAAGAAUCGCAACUAGGGUGCCUUCAAAUUGAGUGCUCAGGUGAUGGUGUGUGGUAUGUUGAGGCAUCUUCUGAUUGCACCCUUCAUUCUCUCAACUUCUUUGAGGAUGUUCAGUCCAUUCCGUAUGAUGAUCUUCUUCCUCAUGCUAUUCCUGAGAGCCAAGGCAUCGACCCCCUCGUGCAAAUGCAGGUGACACAAUUUGGUUGCGGGGGUUUCGUGAUAGGCCUCAUAUUCUGCCACAGCAUAUGCGAUGGUCUUGGUGCUGCACAGUUUCUAAACGCAGUAGGGGAAAUAGCUAGGGGUCUAGAGAAACCCAGCAUUGAACCAGUGUGGCAGAGGAACUUCUUUCCAUCUCCUCAAACCCCCCAAGAACCUGCAUUGCCACCAAUACCACCCCCUCCACCUCAAAUGCCAGAAUAUAAACUAGAGCAUGCCAACAUAGACAUGCCCAUGCAUGAAAUCAACCGUCUGAAGAGAGAAUUUGAACAAGUGACUGGGCUGAAAUGUUCAGCCUUCGAGAUUGUAGCAGCAGCGUGUUGGACCACUCGAACAAGGGCCAUUGAAUUGGAGCCCAAUGCGGAACUGAAGUUGGUGUUCUUUGCAAAUUGCCGUCAACUAGUGGAUCCUGCUCUGCCCAACGGUUUCUAUGGCAAUUGUUUCUUCCCAGUGACGAUCACGGCUUCGUGUGAGUCACUUAGAAAUGCAUCAACGGUUGGUGUGGUGAAGCUGAUACAAGAAGCGAAGGCCAAGUUAAGCGUGGAAUUUGACAAGUUCUGGAAGGGUGAGCAUUUGAAAAAUGGGGAAGACCCUUUUGCGCCUCCACUAACCUACACCACUUUGUUCGUAUCUGAGUGGGGGAGGCUGGGAUUCAACCACGUGGACUACCAGUGGGGCCCACCCGUCCACGUGGUUCCCAUACAAGGAUCUACCAUCAUACCAGUGGCCAUUGUGGGGUCCAUGCCUCUUCCCAACAAAGGGAUCCGUUUGAUGACGUGGUGCGUGGAGGACGCACAUCGCCUUUCUUUCCUUCAUCACAUGCAUGGUGUCGUGAAUCAGAAACUGAACCUGUAA